AUGAGUCAGAUUUGUGCAACUUCAGAUGCAAGUCAAUCCGUGUCGCUCCUCAUUUGAAGACUACAGCUGAUUAACACUGCCGAAGCUGCUCUGAGAGAUCACCACUAAGAUGGAAACGUCAAAUUCAACACCAUUUGCCUAUGAAGAUUCUUCACCUGGUGUCUGGCAGUGCAGCCCCAUUGGCACCAAUAAUUUUGGCAGAACAUUUCUUCCCCCCUUCUACUACGUCAUCUUCAUCAUCAGCGUUCUGGGAAAUGGAGUGGUUCUGCUGGUUGUCUACAAGUUUGAGAAGCUGAACACAGUCACAAAUAUCUUCCUCAUCAACCUGGUGGCCUCCAACAUCAUCUUCACCCUCACUCUCCCAUUUCAGGCGGUUUAUCACUCCAGUGAAUGGAUCUUCGGAGACGCUCUCUGUAAGCUGGUGACCAGUGCAUACUAUCUAGGGUUCUACAGCUCCAUCCUCUUCCUCACGCUCAUGACAUUUGAUAGAUACCUGGCUGUAGUUCAUUGUAUAAUGGCCAACAAUCAACGCAGAAGCUUCUACGCUGCAUCAUUAUCUGUGGCCGUCUGGAUUAUUAGCCUUCUCGCGAGCCUCGAGUAUUUCAUUCAUUUCACAGUUGAAGAGUCCCAAUUGGGUGGACGGUUAUGCAAUGACCCGAGAGAUGGAGAAUGGAAAACCAUCGGCCUCUACAAGCAGUUUGUGUUGUUCUUCCUCUUCCCGCUGGUUGUGUUUGUCUACUGCUACUCCAGGAUAACACUAACCGUCAUGCACACUCGGAUGGUGAAGAAACACCACACCAUACGGGUGAUUUUUGUCACAGUGCUGAUGUUCUUUGUGUUCUGGAGCCCGUAUAAUAUUGUGUUGGUUAUGAGGGAGUAUAAAGAUCCAAACGACUGUAACAGCAACCUUCCUCAUGCAGUGUAUGUCACUAACAACAUCGCUCGCUUGUAUUUCUGCAUCAGUCCUGUUUUUUACAUCUUUCUGGGCAGAAAGUUUCAGAAUCGCGUUCGGGAAAUGUGUUUGAAUCAGGACUCGUGUUUAACAAGGCAGAUUUGUGGCAGCAGAGGGAUCAGAGCAUCAUCUUAAUGGAGGAUUACUUUAUAUUGCUAACAAAAUUACAAGAAAACAUCAGUUAAGAAUGAAUGCUAAUUAUUUAUCAACUAUCAAUUAAUAAAGUUGAUCAUUUAUCGAAUAUUAAUUAUUUAAUAAUACUCAU